UGCGCAUCGCUCGGCAUAGUCGUGAUUGGGUUAUUAGUGGUAACGGUUGUGCGAUUCGUGAGCAAAAAUGUGGUCGCGCAAAAGCUUCAGCUUUUGUAUGGUGCUAACACUAAUCGGUUUCACCCAAGCAUUAUUGAUUGUUGGACCCAAGUCCCUGCGUGCCAAUCGAGACUACACGGUGGUGGUCAGCAACUUCUUUGGUAAAAUGGCAAAAGCAGAUUUAUUCCUGCGUUUGGAAGGUCACGAUGACGAAGGCCACACGCUGCUUAGUCUGAAUCGGUCCAUUGAUGUGCGCCUAAAUACAAACAAGAUCACAUCCUUUAAGAUUCCGCCUAUCCAAAGUACUGGUAAUUUCAAAAUCACAAUAGAAGGAGUACGAGGAUUCGUCUACACCGAAGAAGUUGAGCUGGAGUACAUACCCAAAUCCAUUUCGGGACUGAUACAACUCAGCAAGCCCGUGUACAAACCAGGAGAUAGCGUUCAGUUCCGUGUGAUUGUGCUCGAUCCCGAUCUUAAACCACCAUCAGGCCUCAGAAUGGUGACUGUGACCGUACAGGACUCGGUCGGAAACAACAUUCGCAAAUGGUCCAAUGCGCCACUGUACAACGGAGUGUUUGAAGGCCAAUUGGACAUAGCUCCAUCGCCUCUUCUGGGAAAGUACAACAUAAAAGUCGAGGCAAACAAUGAAGAAUUGGUUUCCAAAUCGUUCGUAGUGAAGGAGUACGUACUAUCCACGUUCGAGCUGCACGUUCACCCUACGGUGGUUCCACUCGAAGAACACCAGGCGCUCAAUCUUACGAUAGCGGCCAACUACUACUUCGGCAAACCCGUUAUCGGUAGAGCGAAGGUUCAGCUUUAUGAUGAAGAUAACAAUUUGGAACUAUCAAAGGAAUAUGAUGUAAACGGGCUGCUGCAGAUUCACCUCCCUUUUGAAGAAUUGAUUCUUUUUGGAGAACAACAGGACUUCAAGGUGAACGUCUCCUUCGCCGAGCAACAUACAAAUCGCACGGUUACCAAGGAACGCCAAAUUACGGUGUACAAACGCAAAUAUCAAAUUAUGCUGGAAAAAGAGAGCCCUGCAUUCCGCCCCGGCUCACGAUUCAAAUGCCUUCUGAAGGUUGAAAACCGAGAUGGAACCCCCGCGAAACGGGUUAAUGUGUUGGUGCAAAUGUAUGGUCUGGGGUUAUCAAACCCAGAGCAAAGCUAUACGACUGAUGAUGCAGGUGAAAUCAAACUGCAACUAAAUCCAUCCACGUCUGCAGAGUAUAUUCAAAUCACUGCAUCAAUUGACGAUCAAGAGUUGUUCGACGAAUCUAUAAUCAAAAUGGAACGGAAUGUGGAAAAGUUCAUUGCAAUCGAAUUAAAGGACAGAUAUGUUGCACUCAACCAUGACAUGUCAUUCAAAAUCACUUGCUCCGACCAGUUGAAGUUUUUGGUAUAUUACGUUAUCUCCAAAGGAAAUAUCGUGGACUCCGGUUUUGCUCGGCCUACCAGGGUGUCCAAGUACACCCUGAUUCUAAAGCCAACGGAAAAGAUGAUGCCUCGAGCGAAAGUUGUCGUUGCAACAAUAACCAACAACAUUGUUGUGUUUGACUACGUUGACAUCGAGUUCCAUGAUUUCCAGAACAAAAUUGAUAUAAGAAUCGAAGAGCCCCAAAUCAAACCGGGAAAACAAAUUGAGUUGAAAUUAAAUGGACAUCCCAAAACAUAUGUAGCACUGGCGUCCUACGACGAGAGCUUACACCAACACGGUGAUGGCCAUGAUAUCAUGCGCGAAAAUAUAUGGAAGCUAUUUGAAGAAUUCCAUGGGGUACCUCUAAACGAACACGACAAGAUUCAUAGUAUGGGUUUAUUUGCUAAGACAAUAGACGAUGUGACAAUAGAUACAGCCAAUGACAAGUCAGCUCGUAAUGGUGAAGCUGGUGGAGGGGGAACCGGGAAGAGUACCGGGAUAGAUCUGGUGCAGAAAUUAAUUCAAUACAGAACCGACUUUCGGGAGUCUUGGUUAUGGAAAAAUAUCACCCUACCUCGAUCAGGCCGUACUCAACUGAUAGAGCAAGUACCUGAUACAAUCACUUCCUGGUAUUUGACUGGAUUCUCCAUCGAUCCAGUGCAGGGCAUUGGAAUCAUCAAGAAACCGAUUCGCUACACCACUCUGCAGCAGUUUUACAUCGUUGACAACCUGCCAUAUUCGAUCAAGCGCGAUGAAGUGAUAGCCUUGCAGUUCACUCUGUUCAAUACACUCGGCGCUGAAUAUAUUGCUGAUGUAACGAUGUUCAAUGUAAGGGAUGAACUUGAAUUCAUUGGUCAACCAGCAGACACCAAAAAUUACACUAAAAGCGUGUCCGUUCCACCGAACGUCGGUUAUCCGAUUUCCUUCCUUGUGAAGGCAAAAAAGCUUGGUGAAAUGAUUGUCCGAGUAAAAACAUUGAUAAUGCUGGGCCAGGAAAGUGACGCGAUUGAAAGAGUAAUUAAAGUCACGCCUGAAAGCUUGAUGAUAACAAAUGUGAACUCGAUGUUCUUCUCCUUCAACGAACCAAAAAGUCAAACGUACGAAAUAGUGAUGGAUAUCAAUAGGAAGUUUGAUUUCAAUUCGGUUAAAAUUGACUUUUCUCUCACUCCGGACAUCCUUACGGAUGUGGUUAGCAACUUGCAAAACCUGCUGGCUGUGCCGUCUGGUUGUGGAGAGCAAAAUAUGGUCAAAUUCGUGCCAAACAUCGUGGUGCUGGAUUAUCUUACAGCAAUUGGAUCGAAGGACACUACUACUUUGAACAAGGCAAAAAGCUAUCUGCAGACCGGAUACCAAAAUCAAAUGAACUAUCGGCAAACAGACGGUUCUUACGGUGUAUGGCAAUCUUCUGGAGGCAGUGUAUUUUUGACAGCUUUCGUAGCAAAAUCAAUGCAAACUGCGGCGAAGUAUAUCUACGUGGACGAGUAUCAGGUAUCUCGAGCUUAUGAUUGGUUGUCUUCGAAGCAGCAAUCGGAUGGCCGGUAUAUCGAAGUAGGAUCAAUCGCUCACCGAGAUAUGCAGGGAGGACUGCGAAAUGGAAUAGCGCUGACAGCUUACGCGAUGAUUGCAUUUCUGGAAAAUGAACAACAAGGAACAAGACAUCGCACCGUAGUCGAGCGCGGCAUGAUGUAUAUUGCUGAUAAACUGGAAGGAAUGACAGACUCCUACGACCUAGCAAUCGCUACUUAUGCCUUGUGGUUGAAUAAGCAUGGUAGGAAAUCACGUGCACUAGACAAACUGAUUGGACUUUCGCAAGAGACUGCAAACGGUACCCAACGCUACUGGCCGAGGGGUGCGCAUGAAAUCGAAACCACUGCCUAUGCGCUGCUAUCGUUUGUAGAAGCUGGAAGGUACAUUGAUGGCAUCGCAGUCUUGCGCUGGUUGGUGAACCAGCGAUAUACAACGGGUGCUUUCCCUCGCACCCAGGACACAUUUGUCGGUUUAAAGGCGCUGACGAAGUUGUCGCAGAAAAUUAAUCCCUCUAAAAAUGACUACAAUAUGCAACUUACGCACGAAGGUGUGAAAAAGGAGUAUCGCGUUGACACGAAUAGUGUUGGAAAGUUUAUGUUGGAUGAUCUACCGCAAACAACCAGAAAGAUAUCAGUGAACAUCGCUGGUCAAGGAUCUGGGUUCAUACAAGUGGCUUACAAGUAUCUCUUGAACCUUGUGAACUUUGAAAGUAGUUUCAAAUUGGCCGUCAACAAAUCGGACACAGAUUCCGAAGCUGUUUUGAAGUUAGACAUUUGUGCCAGCUUCAUACCCAAACUAUCGGAUCAGCGCUCGAACAUGGCACUGGUAGAGGUAAACCUGCCGAGUGGCUACAUAACGCGGACCGAUCUCAUCCAGCAAAAACCAGGCAUCAACCCGAUAAAGAAACGGGAGAUCCUCUACGGGGCCACGACUGCUGUGCUAUACUACGACAACAUGGGCGUCGAGAGUAACUGCUUCGCGAUCACUGCCUACAGACUGUUCAAAGUGGCUUUAAAUAGACCAGCUUAUGUGAAAGUGCACGAUUAUUAUCAUCCGGACUUCAACGCGAUCACGAUAUAUGAGACCACAAGACAAGAGGUGUGUGACGUCUGCGAUCCAGGAGAUUGUCCACCGUCCUGUGCAAGCGUUUGAGCACAUCUUCCGAUAUGCUAUGACGAUGACGUUCGUUGAGGGAGUAAUGGAUCUUUUAAGCUAGAGGGAUCAAAUAAUAAAUAUACAAAUGCAGCUGUUAGAAGCAUAAUACUGUGUUUAUGUU